UCUGUCCCUAGUAAAGGUGCAGUGCAGGCUGUUCAGGCCAAGAACCAGAUCUGCAUCCUGGACAUUGACAUCCAAGGCGUAAAGAACAUCAAGAAGACAGACCUGAACCCCAUCUACAUCUCCGUGCAGCCUCCGUCCAUAGACGUCCUGGAAAAAAGGCUGCGUGACCGACAGACUGAGACAGAAGAAAGUCUACAGAAGCGUUUGACUGCAGCCCGUGUAGAUUUGGAACUUAGUAAAGAGCCUGGCCUCUUUGACUUGGUCAUUAUUAAUGAUGAUCUAGAAAAAGCCUAUUCAGAACUGAAGGAGCAGCUCCUGAAGGAAAUCCAGAAGGCCCAAGAAUCCAGGAAGUCCUGAGCCGAGCCUGCCUGGACGUUUUAACUUGAUCACAUCAUUCCUGAGCCACAUCACAGCAUUUCAUUCCAAGAGACAUUCCCUUUAGGCCCAUCCUCCUCCCAUGUUAUUCUAGGAUAUUUCUAUUAAAAGGAAGGAAAACAAAA